CAUUUCUUCCUGCUCGUCACAGUUGACAGUUAAAAAACACAGGGGGAAAAGUUGUUGAAGUUCACUUGACUCGGACAUUAAGCCACAGGUGACGCCGCCGAUCGCUGACCUGCGUCGGUAUGAUUGUACUCACGAUCAUCGCUCGGGUGUCGGACGGACUCCCGCUGUCUGCGUCCGUGCAGGAGGAUGAACAGUCCGGUAGAGACCUGCAGCAUUACCAGGGCCAGGCCAAGCAGCUGUGCCGUAGACUGAAUGCCCAGAGUCCCGACCGCUGUACCCUGGAGGCCGGAGAUAUGAACUUCCACUACGUAAUAGCACAGGGAGUGUGCUUCCUGACCCUUUGUGAGGCUUCAUUCCCCAAAAAGAUCGCCUUCGCCUACCUCGAAGACCUCCACAACGAGUUCCAUGACCAGUAUGGGAGAAAAGUAGCCAAAGUAACAAGGCCAUACUCUUUCAUCGAGUUUGACACAUACAUCCAGAAAGCAAAGAAGAUGUACGCUGACAGCAGAGCCAGGAGGAACCUGGGCAGCAUCAACACAGAGCUGCAGGAUGUGCAGAGAAUCAUGGUGGCCAAUAUUGAGGAGGUUCUGCAAAGAGGAGAAGCUCUGUCUGCCCUGGACACAAAAGCCAGCAAUCUUACCACCCUGUCGAAGAAGUACCGCAGCGAUGCCAAAUACCUCAACACCCGCUCCGCGUAUGCCAAGGUGGCUGCUGUGACAGUGUUCUUCUUCACGCUCAUCAUCUACGUGCGUUUCUGGUGGCUCUGAUGGACCCGGACAAGGACUCUGAUGUUAGAAAGGAGGUGUCUCUCUGAGAAAACUUAGCAUUUUAACAGAUCCUGUUACAUUCUAUAAAUAGCAGGUGCCUUAAAGGUCGGUUAAUGUUGAGGGUUAAUGUUCUUUGCUUUAUUCAGCUCUGAGUUGAAUGAUGUCAGAUAUAGUGUAAACUGAGCCAUUGGUCUGUGAUGGGACUUUUUUGUCUGUGUGUGUGUGUGUGUAAGCAAAUGCUUCAUGGGGAGUUCAUGCAACUGUUGACUGGAAUAUUAAGAGAGGGUGAUGACAAAUAGAUUUUUUACACUUUGGUGUAGGAUUCAAAAUUAAAGAAAAACCAUAAACAUGAUUCUGCAGAGGUUUCAUGAAAAGUCUUAAUAUUUUGAUAAGAUAGUUUAUUGUUCAUAAAGUUUACAUUGUAUCAAAGUCUUGUUGAAAAGAUUAAAUAUUUAUCAAGGAA